AGUGUCGGUGUUGCUUUAUCCGAGUUUUACAACAUAACUGUUGCACGGAAAACGUUUAAUAUUACUCAACUUCUCGAGGGUCUUAAAGAAUUGAAUAAAAUGUUGUUCACGCCAACGGGAUUUGGUGAAUGUUUACGCGAAUGGGAUGAUUUAGAGAAAGACUUCGAACAAAUUCAGGACACUCAUCGUCUUUAUAGACAGAAGCUCGAGGAAGUGAACAAACUGCAAAACAGCUGCUCUGGAGCAAUCACACGUCAGAGAAAGAAACUCAAAGAGCUCACAUCCUCGUUAGAACAAUGCAAACAACACAAUCCAGCAGCCCUGUUGAGUCCAGAAGACGUGGACACCAUCGCGGGAAUCGAAGACUCCAUUAAAGAAAGAACAAAUGCUUUUUGUGAGAUGGAAGCUUUUCUGCCAAAGAAGAACGGGUUGUACCUCAGUCUUGUUUUAGGAAACAUCAACGUCACACUCCUCAACAAACAGUCCAAAUUUGCCUACAAAGAUGAAUAUGAGAAGUUUAAACUGGUCCUCACGGUCAUCAUCUUCGUGUUCUCCUUCACCUGUCGCUUUCUGCUCAGCUACAGAGUCCUCGAUGCCCUGUUCAACUUCCUUUUGGUGUGGUACUACUGCACGCUCACCAUCAGGGAGAGCAUCCUCAUCUCAAACGGCUCAAGGAUCAGAGGUUGGUGGGUUUUUCAUCACUAUGUGUCAACCUUCCUGUCUGGCGUCAUGCUCACGUGGCCAGAGGGCGCUCUCUACCAGAUGUUCAGGAACCAGUUCCUGUCAUAUUGUCUCUAUCAAAGCUUCGUCCAGUUUCUUCAGUACUACUACCAGAGUGGCUGCUUGUACAGACUGCGAGCGCUCGGAGAAAGACACAACAUGGACCUGACAGUGGAGGGUUUCCAGUCUUGGAUGUGGAGAGGUUUGACCUUCCUCCUUCCCUUCCUGUUCUUUGGUCAUUUCUGGCAGCUUUACAACAGCGUAACACUCUUCAAGAUGUUUCAGCUGCCGGAGUGCAAAGAGUGGCAGGUCGCGAUGUGCGGCUGCUCUUACUUAGCGCUCUUCAUGGGAAACUUCUUCACCACGCUGGGCGUGGUUUACCAGAAGUACAAGAACAACCAGGACAAGUGCAAGACCUUAUAAUCCUGGAACCGCGCGUUUCUUCGGGCUCUAACGUUGUUUAUGUUAGAGUUCUUUUAUUCAUGUCGUGUCAUGUGUGUGUGUGUGUUUUCCUCAUGGAUCAUGCACAUGCACUGCUGCUUAUUUUACCUUGUCCCUCUGAACAAGACACUGGUUUAUUCACCGUGGAGUUUCCCCUGCUGUGUUCCCCACACGAACUUUAACCUAAGAUUAUGCUAAAUAAGCUGAAAUGAUACUCCAGAAUGACUUCUGUGGACUUUUGCGGUCACACGUACGGUACAAUCCGAGGUGUGCGGAUAUUUCUGCCUGUAGUACAACUUUCUUAAGAAAGACUUACUGGAAACAUUCAAACAAUAAUGUUUGAUCAUAUCAUCAUAUUUAUUCAGGGAAAUCUGUUUGUUUCUGAGCAACUGCUUUAUAAUGUGUGAAUAAAAUACUCCACCAAAUCA